AUGUUUAGUUCGAAACAUCUUCAACAAUCUAUUCAUUUAUCUAAUGAGGCUUUAAAAGAAUUAAACAAAUCUAAUCAAGAUGAAGCUUAUAUCGUGGAUUGUUAUCUUUCUUCUUUAGAUUAUUUUAUAGGAGCUUUACCUGAUAAUCUCAAAUUGAACGAUCUUCCAGGUUCAGUUUAUCGUCAAACUCUUUUACGUUCUAAACUUGAGAGUCUCAUCAAUUCUCAAAACGAUUCAUCAUCCUCAUCGUCGGAUAUAAUCAAUGAUUCAAACCAAUUGAUCUCUCAAUCUACUUGGAAAACUUAUUUUAUACCAAAGAUUUUAAUUCGACAAUUUAAUUCGAAUCAAAAUUUAAUAGCAUUAAAUAUGCAAGAAAACAAGAUUGAAGAAAUUAAAGAGUUAUCUGAAACAGAAGAUUUAUCACAGAACCAAGAAAUUAGAGACCAUUCUUCUUCUUCUUCUACUUCUCAAUGGAAUUCAAAGUGUAAAUGUGGUAGAGAAAUCUCAAUCAAGAUUCCAAAUUGUUUAAUUCAAGAAACAAAUCCCAAUGAAAUCUCAACUCAAUCGAUUCAUUAUUGGACAAAUUUAAUUUUAACGAUGAUAAUUUCAAGUUUAAUCUGGAUUAAGAAUUCAACAUUUUAUCAAUACAUCAAACUGAUUUUGUUUAGAAUGAUGAAUUUAAUAAUUUUCUUAGAAGAUCAAUUUAAAUUAAUUGAAAAAGGUUUUUGUUUGAUAGGUGAUUUAAUUGAAAUGAUGAUCAAAUUAGAUGAAGAGUUUGGGUUAUGGAAUCGGUUUAUCAAAGGAUUUGUUUGGAUGCUUGAAUUGAUCUUAAGGUUAUUUUUCAGUUUUACUAUUCAAGGUAUUGAAGGUUAUCAAGGUUCUAAUGGGUUUAGGAUUGCAAAUUAUAAUCAUCAAGACCAAGUUCAAGUUCAUUCUCAUUCUCAUUCUAGUAGUAGAAUGGCUUCUACUUCUUCUUCUACUUCUUUAGAUCAAUUCAACCAAACUAUGGUGUCAGAUAACCAAGUUAUGAAUGGCAAAACAGAACAAAGGAAGGUAGAAGUUAGAACACAAUACAAAUAA